AUGAAGAAGGCCACAACGGCCUUCGUCUCAGCGGCAUUGGCUGGCCUUGUCGCAGCGGCUCCAAGCAACACGAUCAGACAAGCGAGCAACUGCGAACAGUACGGCAGCGUCCAAACAGGCCCAUACACAGUAUACAACAACCUCUGGAACGAAUCCGCGGCGACGUCAGGCAGUCAAUGCUUCAGCGUCACCGGAUUGGUGAAUAACGUCUUAUCCUGGGCCACAACAUGGACCUGGGUCGGCGGCGCAGGCCAAGUCAAAUCCUACGCCAACGCCGUCGUCUCCCUAACAGCGACGCAAAUCGGCUCCAUCUCGUCCCUCUCCUCGAGCUGGACUUGGGACUACCAAGGCUCGAACCUCAUCGCCGAUGUCGCCUACGAUCUCUUCACUUCGUCUUCCCCAACAGGAGAUGAGGAGUUCGAGCUCAUGGUCUGGCUGGCUGCUAUCGGGGGCGCAGGGCCGAUUUCGUCCACGUACGAUGCCCAGGGGAAUCCUACGCCAAUUGGGACGGCGACGAUUGCUGGCACGACUUGGUCUGUAUAUAAGGGUCCUAAUGGCCAGAUGACUGUCUACUCGUUUGUGGCGCCUAGUCAGGUCACUAAUUUCAGUGGGGAUCUGAAGGACUUCUACGCGUGGUUGGUCUCGAAUGAUGGGUUCUCGGAGAGUCAGUAUUUGAUCAGUGCUGGGGCUGGGACGGAGGCAUUUGAGGGCACAGAUGCUGUGUUCACGACUAGUGCGUAUAGCUUGGUGAUUUCGUAG